AUGUAUUCAAAAGUGACAAUUUUUAUUUCCUUCAUCUCUAUUAUAUCAGUGAAGUCGGGUCGCCGAUUGCUUGGAUUUAAUUUCAAAAGUACCAAUCCUAUCGGCCAGAAACAAUGCCUAAAAUUAUGUUUUGUCCAUACGGAUUGCCUCUCCAUCAAUUUUAGCAGAAAUCGUCUUUUAUGUGAGUUAAAUUCUCAACAAGAGUCUCACACUACCACUGUGACAGAGAACAGUCCUGAAGCGGAGGAUUUUAUCUACAUCCCUCGACAGUCAAUACCACAAGACAUAAUAUCGUUGACAGGGGCUUGCAGUACUGUAACAUGUCUGCCAGGGCAGAUGUGCAUCGCUCACUCUGGAGGAAAGAAAUCAACAUGCAUUGUAGCACGUAUGUAUAAACUCCAAGACGUGGCUAAAGAAAGAAACAAACUGAAUGACUGGCAGAAAGAAAGAAAUCUAAUUCUGCUAAGUGAUCCAGAAACCCAUCAACUUUUGCUCGCCAAUUACUCGCCAUGUCCACCCAAGAUCUUGUCUUUACCACUGAAAACCUUACCCAAACACCAGCAGGAAGGGUGUUUAGGGGAACCUCCACCGGGACAACUUACCAGUUACGUCACUAAUACGUCAGAAAGCUACGUUGGAAGCAGCAGGGGCUACGCGUGCGCAGUAGGAACAGUUCCAGAGAGAGUGAAUCAAACCACAUGUUUAGCUAACGGUCAUUGGGAAACUCCAAGAUGUCAAGUGUGCAUUGAGGCUAGUGAUCCAACUGGGGAAAAUUACUCGGGGACGAAGAACAUCACAGAAACCGGCAAAAUAUGUCAGCGGUGGAAUUCACAAAGUCCACACCAACACAACUAUCCUAACAAUCCUGAAAAUUACUGCCGCAAUCCGGAUUCUGAACCAACACCUUGGUGCUACACAAUCGACCCUAACGUUAGAUGGGAGAAUUGUAGCAUACCCACUUGCUAA